CAUGAUACACAUGUUAGUUUGUGUUGAAGUCUAAAUGUGAAUCUGAGUUUUAGUAAGACAUGUUUCACCAGCAUGGGCGCCAUCUGGGAGGUUGUCUUCAGCCACAUGGAGCCUUUACUGACUGACAGGCUGUUGGAUAUCAAAUCAAAUACAGGCCAUUUAUAACUGGCUGCUGCUCUAAAGAGAUGGAAGGUGUCCAGUUUUCCAACAUGUCAGCGGCUCAGAGAUCCGACUCAUCAGAGCCUCGCUGUCAGUCGGAGCUGCGCGAAGACUCUGGAGACUCUGAAGACGAAGACUCUGGAGACUCUGAAGACGAAGACUCUGGAGACAAAGACUCUGGAGACUCUGAAGACGAAGACUCUGGAGACAAAGACUCUGGAGACUCUGAAGACGAAGACUAUGGAGACUCUGAAGACGAAGACUCUGGAGAUGAAGACUCUGGUGACUCUGGAGACGAACACUCUGGAGGCUCUGAAGACAAAGACUCUGGAGACUCUAAAGACCAAGACUCUAGAGACCCUGCAGGCAUAGACCCUGCAGGCGUAGACCGGGACACUGCAGGCGUAGACCCUGCAGGCAAAGACGAGAACUCUCGGACCGGCUGGGCUGGGGGCAGAGCCUAUUGGACUGGCAGAGCCGCUGCAGGCAGAGCCUCUUGGACAGGCUGUGCUGCUGCAGACGGAGCUUUUUGGAUGUUGUUGUGUCCCCCCAACAAUGCUGACAAGGACAAUGGACCAACAACACAGUGA